AUGAAAUGUUGUUGCAGAUUUGCUGACUGUAAACUCACUGAUAAGUCCUGUGAGAUUUUGUCUUCAGUUCUACAAUCACCAAACUCACUGCUACAGCUGGACUUGAAUCACAAUGAUCUGGGGAAUUCUGGAGUUGAGCUUCUCUCUAAAGGACUGUCCAGUUUUAACUGCAAAAUACACACAUUAAGACUUGCUGAAUGCAAACUCUCAGAGGAGUCCUGUGGAAUUGUGGCUUCUGUUCUGCAGUCACCAAACUCCCUGAUAGAGCUGGACCUGAGUCACAAUGAUCUGGGAGAUUCUGGAGUCCAGCUUCUCUCUAAGGGACUGUCUAGUCCCCACUGCAAACUGCAGACCUUAAGACUUGCUGAAUGCAAACUCUCAGAGAAGUCCUGUGGAAUUGUGUCUGCUGUUCUACAGUCACCAAACUCCCUGAUAGAGCUGGACCUGAGUCACAAUGACCUGGGAGAUUCUGGAGUCCAUCUUCUCUCUAAGGGACUGUCUAGUCCCCACUGCAACCUGCAGACCUUAAGGCUCAGUAACUGUGGUAUCUCAGUUGAAGGUUAUGUUUGUCUGACUCUGGCUCUGAUGUUGAACCCCUCCUGUGUGAAAGAGCUGGAUGUGAGCAACAAUCAUCCUGGAGAAUCAGCACAGAAACUGUUAUCUGCUACACUGGGAGAUCUUCACUGCAAAGUUGAAGCACUUCAACUUGCUGGAUGCAAACUCUCAGAGGAGUCCUGUGGAAUUGUGGCUGCUGUUCUACAGUCACCAAACUCCCUGAUAGAGCUGGACCUGAGUCACAAUGACCUGAUAGAUUCUAAAGUUCGGCGUCUCUCAAAGGGACUGUCUAGUCCCCACUGCAAACUGCAGACCUUAAGACUUGCUGAAUGCAAACUCUCAGAGAAGUCCUGUGGAAUUGUGGCUACUGCUCUACAGUCACCAAACUCCCUGAUAGAGCUGGACCUGAGUCACAAUGAUCUGGGAGAUUCUGGAGUCCAUCUUCUAUCUAAGGGACUGUCUAGUCCCCACUGCGAACUGCAGACCUUAAGGCUCAGUAACUGUGGUAUUUCAGAUGAAGGUAAUGUUUGUCUGGCUCUGGCUCUGAUGUUAAACCCCUCCUGUGUGAAAGAGCUGGAUGUGAACAACAAUCAUCCUGGAGAAUCAGCACAGAAACUGUUAUCUGCUACACUGGAGGAUCCUCACCGCAAAGUUGAAGCACUUCAAUUUGCUGACUGUAAACUCACUGAUAAGUCCUGUGAGAUUGUUACUUCAGUUCUACAAUCACCAAACUCACUACGACAGCUGGACUUGAAUCACAAUGAUCUGGAGGAUUCUGGAGUUCAGCUUCUCUCUAAAGGACUGUCCAUUUCCUGUGAGUUCACACUGGACCCAAACACGGCACACAGAGAACUCCUUCUGUCUGAGGGGAACAGGAAGGUGACAGGGGUGAGUGAGGAGCAGCCGUAUCCUGACCACCCAGACAGAUUUACUGUCUAUCCCCAGGUGCUGAGCAGAGAGCCUCUGACUGGACGCUGCUACUGGGAGUGGGAGUGGAGUGGGGACCGUGUUGAUGUGGGAGUGGCCUAUAAAAGCACCAGCAGGAGUGAAUGGAUCGGACGCUCUGCCAAGGCUUGGUGUCUGGACUGUUCCAGUGACAAAUACAAAGCCUGGCACAAUAGAAAUGCUACUGCCCUACCCGUCCCCCCCGCAGGCUCCAGGAGAGUAGGAGUGUAUGUGGAGCGUGAGGUCGGCACUCUGUCCUUCUACAGGGUCUCCUCUGAUACUCUCACACACCUGCACACCUUCACCAUCACAUUCACUAGUGAGCCCCUACAUGCAGCGAUUUGGGUUGGUGCUGACUCAUCAGUGUCUCUGAUCUAG